AUGCCUCUAGUCAGAAAUAAAACUGGAUGGAAUCCUCCUAAGAGCAAAGACAAGGUAUUAGAGGAAGUAAUUCAAUCGUUGAAAGAAUACCCCACAGAUAGCAAUGCUUCAAUUAAAGGUAAUUUAUCUAAAAACAGCAAAACUGCAUUAAAAACACUACUGGAUAACACAUCAUUAAUUAUCAAAGAAGCAGAUAAAGGCGGAGCCGUGGUAUGUAUGGAUAAGAAAUAUUAUAGAGACAAAAUUUUAGAAAUGUUGAGUGAUACUAGUUAUUACGAAAGCAUAGAUGAACAUGCAGAUUCCAGAACGCAACGGUUAAUACACGAUACUAUAAAUAAGUAUGGCAAAGGUUUAAUGAAAGAAGAAAAAGACUAUUUAUUAAAUUUUGAAUACACAACUAGUUAUUUCUACGGCUUACCAAAGAUCCAUAAAAGUAAGAUAAUAGCAGAUGAACUAAAGAAACAAAACUCCGAAUACAUAAAAGUCCCAAUUCCAGAUGACGUUCCUUUCAGACCAAUAGUCGGUGGACCUAAUAGUGUUACGCAGAGACUCAGUCAUUUUCUUGAUAUUAUACUAAAACCAUUUUGUGAAGAGGUCCCCAGUUUCAUCAGAGACGACUUAGAUUUUCUUAACUAUUUACCAGAACAGGUCGAAGAGAAUUCAACACUCGUAACCUUUGAUGUAAUAAGCUUAUACACAAAUAUCCCUCAUGACCUUGGAUUGGAAGCGGUUCGUUUUUGGAUAGAAAAAAUACCAGGAAAAAUAGAGACACGUUUUAAAAUAGCUUUCAUUCUUAAAUCUCUUCAAAUUAUACUACAGAACAACGUUUUUUAUUUUGACGGUAGAUUCUACGUCCAGAAAAAGGGCACAGCAAUGGGUACGAGGGUCGCUCCAACUUACGCAACAUUAGUACUUGGAUACUUAGAGGAAACACUUUACAACAAUAUAAAACAUAGAUACAGUUCUGAAUUUGCCAGUUACUUACGCCUUAACUGGAAGCGAUUUCUGGAUGAUUGUUUUUUAAUUCUGAACAAGAAAAUUAACGCAUUAGAAUUUUUGCAAGAACUUAAUAAGUUACAUCCAAGUAUACAGUUCACAUGCAGCGAGAAUGAUGUUAUCAUGCCGUUCUUAGAUAUUCUUGUUAAAAAAUCUGGAAAUAGUAUAACGACGGACCUUCCAAAACAUCCAGGUAGCAGGAGGAUAGAAGGGUUUAUAGAUAAAAUGCCUAUGAGGAAAUCAAAUAUAUACACGAUUUAA